GGAAGGGGGCGGAGAGUGGGAGGAGGCAGCGAGAGGAAGGAGGCGUAGGCUGAGGAGGAAGAGGGAGGAGGGGCAGGAGGAUCCAGGCGAAGAGGCCCAAGACUCCAAAGGAGACGACGGGAGGGUGCGCUGGAGCUCCUUCGGUGCCCAACGGCCGUUCCGGAUCCCUUAAGGCCCAAGUCAGACACGGAGAAAAGCAGGAAGAGACUUUUAUGUCGGCGGACAAAGAAGCUUUACCCGUCACCGUUGCCUCACAUCCGGGACUUUGGAGGGCUGCCCCCCCCUCAGCUCCGCCCCCCUUCGCGCCUUUCAUGGCGACUGGAGGCGGAGGCUGGUGUUGCUGGGCUUGGAGGAAGCCCCUUUAAAUCUCCUUAAAGGGGUGGUCGUCGAACUCGGCCGACUCUGCUGCCAGCCUUAAAGGGAAAGCUGUCGAACAGAAGCUGACAAAUUGAGAACUGGACUGUUGGGGAAAUUGGAGCAAGUGGGAUUUCCCACCUCUUCUCCCCGCCCACGCUACAAGUCCUUUAAAUUCAGCUUAAAGGGGAAGUGGCAGCUUGUGGAGGACUAGAAACUUAACUCGCGAACCCUUAAAGGGACGGUUUGCUGCUUGAAGGAUUCUAGACUCCUUAAAGGGGUGGCCUCUUAACCGGAGGACUUGAGACAUUUUUAAAGGGGAGGUUUGCGUUUUGGGUCGAGAUUUCGGCCCCUUUUAAAGGGGUGGCCCUUCCUCUUCCUCCGGGAGACUAUCCUCGACCCCUGGCAGGGGGCGGCUACCGCACUAGGCCGGCCGGACACAGUCGGGUAGCCUUAAAGGGACCGGGGGCUGGACAACUUGAGGCCUCAUCUUAAAGAGACGGCCGCCCCGUUUUCGCCGUCGCGGCCCCGCCGGCCCCCCAGGGGGGGCCCUCGGGCUUGUCGCCCCGGGGGCGGCGCCGGCUCUCCAGGCCUUGGCCUUGGGGCAAGCUCAGGGCCAGCGGAUCCUGCUCUAAAGGGGAAGCCGUGGCCUUCCCGUCCCUGUGUGGUCGCCAGCGCCGCGCUUGCGACCCCGGGCCUGCGGACAGGCCGCUCCCGGCCCCGCCGCCUCCGGAUGCGGCGCUGAGGGCCGUCGCCAUGGAGACGGCCGCGGCCCCGGGCCCAGGCUGGGCGGCUGAGGGCGAGCGAAGGCGGCGGCGCUGCUCCCGCCGGGACCGUGACCGCGAGCAGAGGCGCCGCCGAGGGCCAGGAGGCGACGCACCCCGAGCCUUGCUGUCCGCCCCGCGCGGCUCCUCGUCUUCAUCGUCGCCGCCGCCGCCCGCCAGGCCUUGGUCGUCGGCUUCGUCCGGAGAGCGCCCCGGAGGCCCGAGGCGGCGGCGGCCCCGACCCAGGCCUCGGCCCCCACGACCCCGCGCUCGGAAGCGGCCCGCCGGCUCGGGCAGCCGCGGGGAGGAGGAGGAAGAAGAGGAAGAGGGGGGCGCCGACGAUGGGGAAGCCGAGGAGGAGCCGGAGGAGGAAGAAGAAGAGGAGGAUUUAAUCGAUGGCUUUGCCAUCGCCAGCUUCGCCAGCCUCGAGGCCUUACAGAAGGAUGCAUCUCUUCAGCCCCCAGAGCGACUGGAACAUCGGCUGAAGCAUUCUGGGAAACGGAAGAGGGGGGGCUCCAGUGGGGCCACUGGGGAGCCAGGGGACAGCUCUGAUCGGGAGCCUGGCCGGCCCCCUGGGGAUCGGCCCCGCAAAUGGCCCAAUAAGCGGAGAAGGAAAGAGGCCUUCUCCCGGCACUCUCUGGAAGCUGGAUACAUAUGUGAUGCAGAAAGUGAUCUGGACGAGAGGGUCUCUGAUGAUGACCUCGAUCCAUCCUUUACUGUUUCAACCAGCAAAGCCUCGGGCCCCCACGGCACCUUCAAUGGGAACUGUGAAGCAAAACUCUCCGUGGUCCCUAAAGUGUCGGGCCUGGAGCGGAGCCAGGAACAGCCCCCAGGGCCCGACCCGCUGCUAGUGCCUUUCCCUCCAAAGGAACCACUGCCUCCACCAGCCCCUCGGCCUCCUGUCUCACCCCCUGCACCCUUGCCGGCCACCCCCAGUCUGCCACCCCCACCCCAGCCCCAGCUGCAGCUUCGGGUCUCGCCCUUUGGCCUCCGCACUUCUCCCUAUGGCAGCAGCUUGGACCUCAGCACUGGCAGCUCUUCACGGCCGCCCCCCAAGGCCCCGGCCCCUCCCGUGGCUCAGCCUCCCCCCUCAUCAUCCUCUUCGUCCUCCUCCUCUUCAUCUGCCUCCUCCUCGUCCACGCAGCUCACCCACCGGCCCCCGACGCCCUCACUCCCGCUGCCUUUGUCCACCCACGGCUUUCCGCCCCCUGGGCUGCGGCCCCCACCACCACCCCACCACCCCUCCUUGUUCUCUCCUGGCCCUGCCCUGCCCCCACCUCCACCCCUGCUGCAGGUGCCAGGGCACCCUGGGGCCUCAGCUGCUAACGCCCUUUCUGAGCAGGACCUGAUCGGCCAGGACCUGAACUCUCGCUACCUGAAUGCCCAGGGUGGCCCUGAGGUGGUGGGGGCAGGAGGCUCGGCCCGGCCUCUGGCCUUCCAGUUCCACCAGCACAACCAUCAGCACCAGCACACCCACCAGCACACCCACCAGCACUUCACCCCUUACCCCCCGGGCCUGCUGCCUCCCCACGGUCCCCACAUGUUUGAGAAAUACCCAGGAAAGAUGGAAGGCCUUUUCCGACACAAUCCAUACACGGCCUUCCCUCCCGCAGUGCCCGGGCUUCCUCCGGGCCUCCCACCGGCUGUCUCCUUUGGCUCCCUGCAGGGGGCCUUCCAGCCCAAGAGCACGAACCCUGAGCCGCCACCACGACUGGGGCCAGUGCCAAGCGGGCUCCCCCAAAAGGGGACACAGAUCCCUGACCAUUUCCGGCCACCUUUGAGGAAGCCAGGGAAAUGGUGUGCCAUGCACGUGCGCUUGGCUUACAUGAUCCUGAGACACCAGGAAAAGAUAAAGGGUGAUUCCCACAAGCUUGACUUUCGGAAUGACCUCCUGCCCUGCCUUCCAGGGCCCUAUGGGGCCCUGCCCCCUGGGCAGGAGCUCUCCCAUCCAGCCUCCCUCUUCACUGCAACUGGUGCCGUCCACGCUGCAGCCAACCCUUUCACAGCAGCUCCCGGGGCCCACGGACCCUUCCUGAGCCCUAGCACCCACAUUGAUCCCUUUGGGCGUCCCACAAGUUUUGCCUCCUUGGCUGCCCUCUCCAACGGGGCCUUUGGAGGCCUAGGCAGCCCCACAUUCAACUCCAGCGCUGUCUUUGCCCAAAAAGAAAGCCCAGGGGCCCCACCAGCCUUCGCCUCCCCCCCAGACCCAUGGGGCCGCCUGCACCGCAGUCCUCUGGCCUUCCCGGCCUGGGUCCGGCCCCCUGAGGCCGCCCGGACACCAGGCUCGGACAAGGAGCGGCCUAUGGAACGGAGGGAGUCCUCAAUCACCAAGGAGGAGAAGGACAGGGACCUCCCCUUCUCACGGCCCCAGCUCCGGGUUUCUCCUGCUACUCCCAAGGCCCGGGCCGGUGAGGAAGCGGCUCGGCCUACCAAGGAGUCCGUGCGGGUAAAGGAAGAGCGGAAGGAGGAGGCUGCUGCUGCUGCCGCUGCCGCCGCCGCUGCUGCUGCCGCUGCCGCCGCCGCCGCUGCUGCUGCCACCGGGCCUCAGGGCCUUCAUCUGCUGUUUGAGAGGCCACGGCCACCCCCCUUCCUGGGCCCUAGUCCACCCGAGCGCUGCACUGGCUUCCUAGAACCAGCCUGGUUGGCAGGUCCUCCACGCCUAGCCAGGCCACCCCGUUUCUAUGAGGCGGGUGAAGAGCUGACUGGACCUGGGGCCGUGGCUGCCGCCCGUCUCUACGGUCUUGAGCCUGCUCACCCCUUACUCUAUAGCCGAUUGGCUCCUCCACCACCACCUGCAGCGGCCCCAGGAACCCCUCAUCUUCUCAGCAAGACCCCACCAGGAGCCCUUUUGGGGGCACCACCCCCUCUUGUGCCCGCCCCCCGGCCUGGUUCUCCCCCCAGGGCCCCUGGCCCUGCCAGGGCUGACAGGUGAAGGGAGGGGAGUGAUAGGGGCAAAGCUCUAUCUAGUUCCUCUUUCCUUUUGGCAAGGUCAUGGAGCUGAAGUUUUAAGGCAAGGCCAGAGGGCAAAGGUCAUGACCUCAGCGUAGUCUCUGAGGUUAUGGACCUGGGAGCAGAGCUCGCAUGAACCAUGGGGUCACUGGGAGGACAGAGGCCACUAGCCUUGAGAGAGGUGUGUGAUAUAUGUGAGCAGGGCUCAUUUCAGAGACCAUGGUUCCUAACCUCUUGAGGGGCACCAGUUCUCCUCUAAGGGCCUCUCCCCAAGGGCUCACUAAGCCAGAGGCCAAAGUGCCCCCCUCCAAUUACCACCCCAGUUUUCAUGCCCUCCAAGAGCUGGAGGAGGAGGGGCUAAAGGAAAGGGGGUUCCAUGUACAUAUUUAUCUCCCACAGCCUCCCAAAACCUUUUGUACAUUUUUACAGGGGUACCCCUCCCAACAGUCCCCUUCCUGGUUAAUUGAAUCCUCAGACUGGUGCUGUGUUCCUAGCCUCUGCUCCUGUGGUGGGAGGGGUGGCAGGGCAAGAGCCGGGAAAGGACAGGUGGGAAUCCAGGGCUCAUUCCUGGGAAUGUGGGGGUGUAACAGGAGGUGAACCCACAGAGGAAGGGACCUAGAGGACCUAGACUGCAAGGAAGGGAAAAUACUUCCCACCUGACUGACAGCCUAGGCCCCACCCAACUUGUUCCUGUUAACUCUUGUGUCCUCAACUCCAAGAAGCUCCACCUCUAAGCCUCAGACUCCACCUUUUAAUGACUCAGUGCCCCAUCCCAUUUCCAAGUGCCCCCAGGACUCCUGGGCCCUGCCCCAUAGAACCCUCUUCUCCAGAACCCUGCCCUAGGCUGGGGGGUGGGCAGAAAAGGUCACCAUGUACCACACACCAAAGAAAGGGGUUGGCCCAGGGGUGGGCACACAGGCAGCUGCUUCAGCAGCCUAACGCAGCAGUCCCAGCCUUCCCAAAGCAGCAGGUGUCUCCAGGCUGGGGCCCAACUAGAAGGCAGGGCUCAGUUUAACAAAACCGUAAAGUUGACUUUUUUUUUUCCCCCGGUGGGGUUUAUUCUGUAACAUGACUUGCGGAUAUUUAUAUAAAAAUGAGUGUUACAAUGAG